UUGGGGUGCGGGUAGUAUAGUAACUGUCCCUCAACAGAAUGUAAAAGAAUUGGACCCAGAGAACCAUAAAAUAAAAAAAACGAAGGAGUAUCUUUGUUUAGAGUGAAAUUGAUAAUAAUUGCAGAGAAAAUUAACGAAGCACGUAGCUGAAGUGGAACCACCAGAUCUCUUUCUCAGAUGGAGUUUCCCGUUUCCGUCAUUUCGACCCUGCUCUUCCUCUUCUCUCUCUUCUCUUCUCAAUCUAGGGCCGAGGCUUCUGGUUCCGUCUUAUUCAUCGAUAGUUCUUCUCAUCAAUUCCUUCGUGAUAGAUCAUCCACCGAUGAGCGUCCUUCAAUUUUGCUUCAGGAAGUUGGUGCUGUUGUGCCAAUCUUGCUCGGUUUUGCACCUCCUUCCACCCUUUCAGCCUCCAGCUCAUCCAAGUUGAAUGAGGUUUUGAUUCCUAAUCCAUUCAACAGGCCUCGUGCUGUGUUUUUGCUGGAAGUGAAUGGAAUCAAUGGUCUUGAAAAAAUUGUCCAGGAGAAUGCAAUGUUCAGGAAAUCAUUGUGGGAUACAAAUUCUAUUGGUUCAGAUAAAGUUGACAUUCAACUUCCAGAUGAAAAUGAUGUUUCUGUGCUUUCUUUGGACGAGCAAUUGGAAGACUUCACCGACAAAGAAAUUAUUGAUUUUUCAUCUUUGAUAGGUGGAUCAUAUGCCCCAGAUUCCCUUGAGCCAUUAAAUGGAGUGCUUACCAUUCCUUUGGCAAAUGGUGCCUUAGUGAAUCUCCACAUGUCAAAGAAAGCAGAAAGAAAGUUUGUGAUAGGUCUUUUGUCUCUCACUCAAAAUGUCAGAAAGGCAAUUCAACUACAUCAUGAUUUAUCACAGAGCACACCAAGUCCAGCUGAGUUGUUAACAGGAUCCUUCAAUGGCAUUAAGGUUUUGAAAGAGCAAGAUGAAGCUGAAAGUAUUGCUCAGCAUGGAGUUGAGUUGUUACUUGUAACUUUGACAAAGAUAUUUGGUUCAUUGCAAGAAACAUACAAAGGUCAAAUUGUUGGGAUUAUCUAUUGUCAUACGGCCACUCCUCAAGAGUCGAGCAAGAAGUUUGAUGUGUUCUUUACACCUCACUAUACAGCACGAUGGUUGGAAGAAGUAAAUACGCUGAAUACUACUAUUGCAGAAGUCGCACUGGUUAGAAAAACCCUUGCCUGGGUCACAGGAAUAAUUCUGCUUGUUUCAACUCUUAUGGGGACAUGUUACCUCUUGUAUAUGCCAAUCACAAGGGACACGCUUCUCUAUUCUAAUGUCAAGCUUGAUUAGGCAUGGAAACAAACAUACAGAUACAAAUCUUUUUGCCAAACCAGAGAGAAUCGGGCUGCCGUUGAACCUUUUGAUUGGGGGUAUUUUUUGUAGAUGCCUCUAGUCUGUGUGCAUUAUUAUUUUAUUGUUGUUAAUGGAUCGGUGUAGCCAAUUUAUUAUAUUCAUAAUAUCAUGUACUGGAAACUUGUUCCGUUAGGAUAUAGGUCAUGAAAUAAGGGGUUAUAAUAUUUGAAGCAUGGAUAUUGUACCCCCUUAUUCAGGACUUGGAUAGUUGUUAUUGUUCUGGCCAUUUCCAAUAAUGUGUACCCCUUGAACGACAGAUUUUUCAACAAUAGUAUUGUAAAAUAAUGAAAUUCCAGAAAUGUUUCCUCAUGGGCCUUCCUA